AGGUGUUUUUGGAGAAAGAUUCCUUACUUGGAUGUGACAAAGGACAUGAGGAGAUCAAAGACCUGGGCUUUUGCUGAUCAGAAUGAAAGGACUGUUGAAAGACUUUUCAAAUCUACUGUUGGUGGUACUCUGUGACUAUGUUCUUGGAGAAGCUGAGUAUCUGCUCUUGGGAGAGCCAGGCCAUGUAGCACUAAGCAAUAACACAGUGUCUGUGCAUUUCCAGUAUUUUGAUGGUGCUAAUGGGACACUGAAGAAUAUAUCUGUCUUGCUGUUAGAGGCCAACACCAACCAGACUAUUACCACCAAAUACCUCCUGACCAACCAGUCUCAGGGAACACUCGAGUUCGAAUGCUUCUACUUCAAGGAGGCUGGUGACUACUGGUUCAUGAUGACUUCGCAUGCAGCGGACAACAGCACUGCACUCCCUUGGUGGGAGAAAAGUGCCUUUCUGAAGGUGGAGUGGCCUGUCUUUCACAUUGACUUAAACAGGACUUCCGGUGCAGCAGAAAGCACCUUUCAAGUGGGCCUUUUUACCCAUCAACCACUGUGCCCAUUCCCUGUGGACAAGCCUGACAUUUUGGUGGAUGUCAUCUUCACCAACAGUCUGCCUGAGGCAAGAACAAGUCAGGUACAGCCCCUGGAAAUAAGAACCAGCAAACAGACUGAACUCUGUCAAGGCCAGUGGGUUGAGUUUAGCUGUGCAUCCGUGGGGCCAGAAGCCUUUGUCACUGUGGUGCUGAAGCUGCUUGGCCGAGACUCAGUCAUUACCUCAAUAGGACCCAUUGACUUGGCCCAGAAGUUCGGAUACAAACUGGUGAUGGUGCCAGAACUGACAUGUGAGUCUGUGGUAGAAGUGACGGUGGUGCCUCCGCCUUGCAUCUAUGUCCAAGGAAUGGUUGCGGUCUUGAAGGAGGCCCCCAGACGCCCUGGGGAAGGGGCUGUGUGGCUGGCUGAAAACAGCCUGAACCUGGGAGAGAGGAGGACGGUAUUUAACUGCACUCUGUUUGAUGUGGGGAAGAAUAAAUACUGCUUUGACUUAGGCAUUUCAAGCAGAAGCCAUUUUUCCACAAAGGAAAAGGAGUGCAUGCUAAUUCAGAGAACUAUAGAAACCUGGGGAUUGUGGCAGCCUUGGAGCCAGUGUAGUGCCACGUGUGGGGACGGCGUCAGAGAGCGUCGUAGAGUGUGUCUGACUUCCUUCCCCUUCAGACCUGGCUGUCCUGGAAUGCCCUCAGAGACCUCCCCAUGUUCUCUGGAGGACUGUAAUGCUUUCCAGCCAUCCGUUCCAUCUCCUCUUCAGCCCCAGGAACCAGUGAAACCCAACAACAUUGUGACUGUCACUGGGAUAUCUCUGUGUUUGUUCAUCAUUGUUGCUACUGUCCUCAUCACACUGUGGAGGAAGUUUGGCCGUUCUACCAAGUGCAGCACUCCUGCUCGACACAAUUCCAUUCACUCCCCCAGCUUCCGAAAGAACUCUGAUGAGGAGAACAUCUGUGAACUCAGUGAGCAGUGCGGGAGCUUCUCGGAUGGGGGAGAUGGGCCCUCAGGGAGCCCUGAGGAGAUGGGCAUCCCUUUGACCUAUAGGCGGAGUGUGCCAGUGACCCCUGAGGAUGAUGUCUCUGGCAGUGAGAGCUUCCAGUCCAAUGCCCAGAAGAUAAUCCCUCCUCUGUUUAGCUACCGCCUUGCCCAGCAGCAGCUGAAGGAGAUGAAGAAGAAAGGCCUGACAGAGACCACCAAAGUAUACCACGUGUCUCAGAGUCCCCUGACAGACACUGCUAUCGAUGCUGCCGCUGGUGCCCUCUUAGAUUUGGAAAGCCCCGAAGAAGCCACAGCAAACAAGUUCCGGAUCAAGUCCCCAUUCCUGGAGCAGCCCUCGGUCUUUAUUGGGGAAAGGCCUCCCUCCAGGCUAGAGUUUAAUGCUGCUCAGGCCAGUUGUGCCAUAAGCCCCAGCCAGACCCUAAUUCGCAAGUCACAGAUGAGGCACAUGGGCAGCAGAGGAGGUCAGUCUGAGAGGAGUCACCCCAGGAAUUCCCACUUCCGAAGGACUGCUAGUUUUCAUGAGACCAAACAGGCCCGGCCAUUCCGGGAGAGGAGCAUGUCCACUCUGACUCCACAGCAGGUCCCCACCUACAGCUCUAGAACACGGACUUGGGACCAGGCAGAUGACGGGGUUAGACUUCCAACUCGAGGCUCUCACCUGUUUCCUGAGAAACUGGAGCAUUUCCAAGGAAUGGGUGGAACCAGCGGUCUAUUAAACUCCUACCCUAAGUCCCACACCUUGGGGCAGCACUGGAGAAAACCAGACCUGGGGAAUCACCAGGCAGGUUUAGUGGUAGGAAAUGAGAAAACAGAGCCUCACAGAGCUCGGAGGGGACCAUCCCCGAGCCAUCGGAGUGUUUCCAGGAAACAGCCUUCUCCCACUUCCCCCAAAGAUAACUACCAGAGGGCGAGUCCACUGAGUCCUUCUCAGUGUCGAAAAGACAAGUGUCAGAGCUUCCCAGCACACCCUGAGUUCGCCUUCUAUGACAAUACGUCAUUCGGUCUCACAGAGGCGGAGCAGAGGAUGCUUGACCUCCCUGGAUAUUUUGGGUCAAAUGAAGAAGAUGAAACCACAAGUACACUUAGUGUGGAGAAGCUGGUAAUCUAA